AAGGGUCAGCAUCCACCACAGUCACCAUGGGGACAGACGAAGUUCCAUCUGACGCCGACUGUCUCGAUGUGGCUGUGAUUGGCGGUGGCAUCGGGGGCGCCUACACAGGCUGGAGACUGAGGGACAGGGGCCUCUCUAUCUCUGUGUUCGAAUACUCGGACCGAGUCGGGGGGAGACUCUUCACAACUGACUUUCCUGCAGCUCCAGGGACGUACCUUGAUUUCGGUGGGAUGAGGUUUAAGUCUGGAGCUCAUCCAACGCUUAACACAACGGCAACAGAGAUUGGACUGAACAUAAUCCCCUUUGAACUUGGAUUUGGGAACCCGGAUGAGACAGUAUGGUAUAGUCGAGGAAUGCGCAUGCGCAUCAACGACCUGCAGACCAAUAACGUUCCUUACCAACUCAAGGACAAUGAAAAGAAGGACCCUGACACAUUGUUGUGGAAUAUUUUCAACGACAACGUCAACUUCAGCAGCAACACAUACCCCAGUCUAGAUGAACUGUACUCCCUGACCACUUCAGAUGGAACGCCGCUACACAAAGUGUCACUUGACAACUUCCUUGGGUCUGCAGCAAGCCGUGAAGCUUACAACUAUAUAUCCGACCUGAGCGGAUGGGAAAUGGCUGUCGGGAGAAUGGCAGCGCCCCACAGUGCCAAAGUCUUUAUUCCUUUCCCUGGGAAUACAGGUCCAAGUGAAGGAUACAAGACAAUAGAGGGAGGGAUGCAGAAGGUGCCACACACUCUCAUGAAGAAAUUCUUGGAGGCUAGCACGAGCCACAAGCUCCACCUGAACCACCAGCUGCUGAAGAUCGAGAAGAGGCAGUCUGGAGGUUACAACCUCAGAUUCAGAAAGACUCAGACAACAGACGGAAUCACGACUCAAACACAAGUGGGCGGACGGGUGACAAAGACGUGA